CAUUUCGCAGCAGCAUUAUUGCAGCCGAGUAGGAGUGCUAUUCUGGAGAGUUAAUGAGAGGAGUUAGUGGCCUAUCAUUUCACAUCCUAAUUCAUUCCACAUUUAUUUCCCCACAUGGACAAGCCCUUAAUCAAACAGCUUUUUUAAAUUUAUUUGUGGGCAACUGUUAGAUUAUUUCAGCCUGUGAUUAAUGGAAAAUGAGACAAAUAGUAGCUUCUAAACUUGGGCACCAUGAACAUGCCACAGCAAUUAUCUCUUGGCUGAGUCUCGGGAGGACUCCAGAGCCCUGAGUCUUUGAAUGCUGCUCAGCCUUGGCUCCUGGGUGGCUCCUGGGUGCUCCAGACCUGUGCGUGGGUCCCUGGGGACGCUGUGGGGUGGGCUGGGUUUUGGCUGGGGGUCCUCUUGCCACCAGUGCCCAGGGAGAUGAGAGCUGGCAGCGCCGUUUCUUUUUGGGCCCUCUCAAUGCUGCUGGGACUUUCUCCACCAUGUGGGACCUUGUUCCCACAGCUCACUGACGACACCAAAGAGCACAGCCAGGACCAGAAGGCAGAGCUGAGCCAGUGCAUCCUGCUGCAAGCUCGCAUCUACCCAGAGGAGACGAUCCUGUUCCUGGAGUCCCAGCUGGGCCACGAGAGGGAGGCCGUGCGCGUGGCAGCCCUGGGUCUGCUCAGUGCUCUGGCACGCUGUGACGAGCCCGCGAUGGCAGAGAAGCUGCCCCAGGUCGUGGAGGCUGUCAAGCGUGUGUGCAGGGACCCCAGCAUCCAGGCCAGAAACGCCCCCCCCAUGUUGGAGAGGCUCCGUACUGUAGACAGGAGAGGCUGCCUAGAGAACGGGCAGAGGCUGCACACAUCAACCUUCGAAAUCCUUGCUUUCCAGGGCCGAAGCAGCACACCCAAGCGUGGAGAUGGCAGACAAGGCCCUCUGUGACUGUGGCACCCUGUGGGCAAUAAAACUCUGUAUGUGGUCUCACCGCUCACUGUGUCCUUGGGGA